CUCCCGGCUGUCCGUGGGCAGGAGCGGCCGGCCGCGCGGGCCCCCCGGAAGGGCGGCGGGCCUCGGGGGUGCAGGAGCCGGGGCGGCCCGGGGCCGCAGGCCAGGCCCGAUCACGCGCAAGCCGUGGAUGCCGGGCUCGCACUCGGGUCCGCCUGCAGCGGGGCCCCGUGUCUUUCGGAAGUGUGCCGAUCAGGUGGCCUCGGGGCCAGUGCGCGGGUGGCCGGGGCGGGGCGGGCGCCUUCGGAGCCGGUGCUGACUCGGGCUCGGGCCGGGCUGGAGCGCUGCAGCCUCCCCGGUCUGGAGGGCCGCUGGGAGCGCCGACGUAGGCUGAUGCUCGGGACGGAGGCGACGGCCAGGGUGCCAGCCAGUUACAGUGGGAGAUGCAGCUGUCACCUAGGCCGAAGUGUUCCUGUCGCCGUGAUCACUGCCUUCUCUCCCUGUGGUCGGGCAGAAUGGGAAACCGUGCUCAGAAACUGCUCUGCUGAUUGGCUCAGAAAUCACCGUCAGGCCGGCUGUGAGUCCGCACGUCUGCCCGAGGGCCGCGUUGGCCGAGGUUGGGGAAGUGCAGGGCUGCUGCUGUUUUAGGAAAGAAGAAACAUGGAAAGCGGUGCAGUUCUGCUGGAAUCCAAAUCCUCACCAUUUAACCUUCUGCAUGAAAUGCAUCAGCUACGUCUUCUCGGUCACCUGUGUGACGUGACUGUCAGCGUGGAGUACCAGGGCGUCCGAGAAGAAUUCAUGGCCCAUAAGGCGGUGCUGGCAGCCACUAGCAAGUUUUUUAAGGAAAUGUUCCUUAAUGAGAAGACCGUGGAUGGCACUAGGACUAAUGUCUACUUAAAUGAAGUGCAGGUUGUUGACUUUGCUUCAUUUCUUGAGUUUGUCUACACUGCAAAGGUACAGGUGGAAGAAGACCGGGUGCAGCGAAUGCUAGAAAUGGCUGAAAAGCUAAAAUGUUUGGACUUAUCGGAAACUUGUUUUCAAUUAAAGAAACAGAUGUUGGAGUCGGUACUUUUGGAGUUGCAGAAUUUCUCGGAGUCUCAGGAGGAGGAAGGGAGCAGUGUCUCCCAAGUCACUGUUGCUCCUGAUGCUCAGGCAGGUGUGCCCGCUGACAGUCCUCUUGCCAAUGGCUGUGCGGAUUCCUCAGCUCCCCCAGUGGAGAGAAUUAGCAACGGCAUGUUGCCAGAUAUGCCCCUGAGGAAGUCCAAGGACAAACCAGACAAGAAAAAAGAUGUAGUUAAGCCUCCCUACCCUAAAGUCAGAAGAGCUAGUGGAAGGCUGGCUGGAAGAAAGGUAUUUGUGGAAAUCCCUAAAAAGAAAUACACAAGAAGACUCCGAGAGCAGCAGAAAAGUGCUGAGGAUGAUGUGAGGGACUACAGGGGUCCCCAAGACCCCAGCCCAGACACUGUGGGAACAGAGAUGGAGCCAAUUCCAAAAACCGCGGAUUACAAUGCUGGGGUAGAGGUGGAGGAGGUGCUGCAGAAAGCAGGGCAGGGGGAUGAAGAGGAGGAGGAGGAUGAGGAGGGGGAGAAGAAGAAGAGCAACUUUAAGUGCACUAUCUGUGAAAAAGCCUUUUUGUAUGAGAAGAGCUUCCUGAAGCACAUCAGGCACCACCACGGAGUGGCCACGGAGGUGGUCCACCGCUGCGACACCUGCGGCCAGACCUUCGCCAACCGCUGUAACCUGAAGAGCCACCAGCGCCACGUGCACAGCAGCGAGCGCCACUUCCCGUGUGAGCUGUGUGGGAAGAAGUUCAAAAGGAAGAAGGAUGUCAAGCGGCAUGUGGUGCAGGUGCACGAGGGCGGGGGCGAGCGCCACCAGUGCCAGCAGUGCGGCAAGGGCCUGAGCUCCAAGACGGCCCUGCGGCUGCACGAGCGGACGCACACGGGCCACAAGCCCUACGGCUGCACGGAGUGCGAGGCCAAGUUCUCGCAGCCCUCGGCUCUGAAGACCCACAUGAGAAUUCAUACAGGGGAAAAACCUUUUGUCUGUGAUGAAUGUGGUGCAAGAUUCACUCAGAACCACAUGCUGAUUUAUCAUAAAAGGUGUCACACAGGUGAAAGACCUUUUAUGUGUGAAACGUGUGGCAAGAGUUUUGCUUCUAAGGAGUAUUUAAAACAUCACAAUAGAAUCCAUACUGGAUCCAAACCCUUUAAAUGUGAAGUUUGUUUUAGGACUUUUGCCCAGCGGAAUUCACUUUACCAGCAUAUUAAAGUCCACACAGGGGAACGUCCCUAUUGUUGCGACCAAUGUGGUAAGCAGUUCACCCAGCUCAAUGCUCUACAGCGCCACCAUCGGAUCCACACGGGAGAGAAGCCGUUCAUGUGUAACGCAUGUGGACGGACGUUUACUGACAAGUCCACUCUCCGGCGGCAUACCUCCGUAAGCAAUAGUCUGGCUUCUUUAAGAAUGACAAACUGCUGGUCCUUAGAUGGCUCACCCAAGAAUGAUGAAGGGCACAAGACUGAACAGCCUGAUGAAGAAUAUGCAUCAUCCAAACUUUCAGAUAAAUUGCUGUCUUUUGCAGAAAAUGGCCAUUUUCACAACCUGGCGACAGUCCAAGACAGCGUAUCUACCGUGCACGAGAACAGCUCUGCAGACACGGCCUGCAAGUCAGAUGAUUCCAUGGUGUCCCAGGAUGCUCUGCUGGCCACCACCAUCAGUGAGCUUAGCGAGCUGACUCCACAGACAGACUCAAUGCCCACACAACUUCACUCUUUGACCAACAUGGAAUAAGAGCUUGAAGUUACCUGCCAAACAGGUCUCAUCCUGUCUCUUUGCGUGUGAUAGCUGUACACGAGAUAAUGUCAGGGGCUAAGAAAAAGACUGUCUAUGGGCAAAGAAGUGGGCAAGAACAGCUUCAGCAGGUUUCUCUGAAUUUCUGCUAACUUGCACGUCUUUAUCAAAGUGUUUUUAAAGCUUUCCCUUAAAAAUCCUGAUCUGCAUGAUCUCAGCUACACUUUAUCAACAAACAAGGCAGUUAACGUAACCUCACUUGUGUAGUUGUAUGCGUUAAUCAUUCUAACGCUUGAUUAUCUUGAUGUUUAUGAAGUUUGGACAACUGCUUCAUCUUAGUACAGAGCAUUGAUCCAGCUCAUGCAAUUGCUUUUAAUGGUCUCCCUGGUGUCUCAGCCUGCCUUAUACUUCCAUGUGGGUUUAUUUCUGAUACUUUUAAGGUAUUUUUCUACAAAGCUGAAAUAAAAUUGGGGCCAUGUAUUUUCGGCUGUUUCUUUCCUGUUGAAUUGAAGGCAAAUCAGAUCUGCUCUGGGGACCCUUGAAUGGGACUGAAGAAAUGGAUUAUUGCAUUCAUUCCCUUCUACCCCCGUUUGUAGGCGCUAAAAAAAGAAUGAGAAAUUGAACACUUGUGAAAUAGCUUAGUAUAAUCUCUACUCACAGCACGUAUGCAGCAAGGAAAUUUGCCACAAAAUAACUUUGGAAAUGAAACGUUUGGUUUCAUUCCUAAAAAUCUGAUUAGGUAAAAGGUGUCCUACCAAAGAUUAUAGCAGCAAACAGUGUGGUUUUUGCAAAGAGGUGUGAAAAAUUAAGCAAGAGGCUUUAGAAUACUUGAAUCAUCGUGUAGUCCUUUUAUUCAUGAGUAGCAAUGAGGUGAUUGUGGCAAAUCUUAGAACACAGAGUAUUAAUAUUUUUGCUAGGUUUUUCUGACUUAAUUUCUGUAAUUUUCAGAAGUGCAGAAUUUCUCAUUUCCACAUCAAGAGCCUGACACAGACAAGUAAUCGCCAGACAUUUGUUUCCUUGGGAGCACGUGAGAAUACAGCUGAGGGGACCGAAAGCUUUAGCACUCAUCUGUGAUGAUGCCGCCUUAAGAGUGCGUUAUGAGGAACCAAUGACUUUGUCUUAAAUGCUCCUUUGUCUGUCUCAUGCUGGCCUUUUGCUCAAAAUGAAUUUGCAGUGGAAAGAUAAUUCUGCUGUCUUUCCUAAUCUGACUCUUGGUUCUAGUGGCUUGGGUAUGUUGCCGCAUGCAAAGUGCUUUGGCUCACGUGUAACCCUAAACACAUUAAUUUAAAAAGAGAACCUUGAAGGAGGAGAAUUCUUUUGUUCACUAGUUGCUUUUUUCCCCUGCGUUUUAAUUUAUUAAUUAAACUUGCUGUGAAAACACUUUUGUUUUCUAAGAGAAAGGUACUUUCUCUGUGAGUUCCAGGAUGAAGAUACAGCUGCACUAUGCCAGAAACUAAUGAGGGAAGGAGACUUUCUUCAUAAAUGCUUAUUUUGUUCUAACUUCUGACAUGGUCAAGUGAAUACUCAAGCCACUCUAAGGUGUCUCAGGUGCUGAUAACACGUUUCACACUUGCUCUUGAAGGUAGCAGUACUGAAUUACUUCAGAUUCAAUUACGACAACAUAUCCUAGUUGUGUUUAUAGAACAAAACAGUGACUGUCAGACAGCCAUUUUAUUCUCCGUGAGAGAAUGAACCUGCCCAGCUGAUGUACUGUUUCAAGGAAUAAAGUCAUCCCAAUGAGAAAGAAUUUAAAUAAUAGAUUAUUUUGUUACCUACUGGAAGAAUUUUUGUCUUGAAUUUCUUUUAGAAAUUCUACAAAAAAUCAUUUAAUGUGUUAAUAAAUGUUUGCUUUGUAAAAAUA